UUUACAAGUUUUACUUGUGACGAGUGGAGACGGUUUUCUCUUGACUGGCGGUCGGUUAACGUAAUUAACACGAACGAUCCGCUAAUAACGCGCAUUUUGUUUUGUAAGAACUUAACGGAAUUAACUUAAGAAACUGUGAAAAAAACUAACCAACAAAUUGUGUAUUAGAGUGAUUUAUAAGUAAAAUUUUUUAACUCCAACAAGUGAAAAAAGAUUGCGACGCAAAAAAAUAAUAUGGAAACAACAGCUGUAAACAGUGUAGUGAAUGGUAAUCACUACGAGCAACUACAUCAGGGACGUUUGAAUAUGUACAAAUCAAAAGUUGAUGUUGUCUUGGGUGCCCAAUGGGGAGAUGAGGGUAAAGGCAAAGUUGUCGAUAUGUUGGCCUCCGAAGUGGACAUUGUUUGCAGAUGUCAGGGCGGUAAUAAUGCUGGCCACACUGUAGUUGCUAAUGGCACUGAAUUCGAUUUCCAUCUUUUACCCAGUGGCAUUAUUAAUGAAAAAUGCAUUUCCGUUAUUGGCAAUGGUGUUGUGAUCCAUAUACCCUCACUGUUCGAUGAAUUGUCUAAGAAUGAAGCUAAAGGUCUACAAAAAUUGGAACAUCGUUUAAUUAUCUCAGAUCGUGCUCAUUUGGUAUUCGAUUUCCAUCAGGCUGUCGAUGGUAUGCAAGAAGCUGAGAAAGGUGGAAAAUCCUUGGGCACCACCAAGAAGGGUAUUGGUCCAGCCUACUCCAGCAAGGCCACCCGUAACGGUAUUCGUGUGGGUGAGCUGUUGGGCGAUUUUAAUAUAUUCAGCGAAAAAUUCAAAUCAAUUGUAACAACCCAUUUGCGUUUGUUUCCCUCCAUCGCAGUCGAUGUAGAUGCUGAGCUAUUGCGCUACAAAGAAUAUGCUGAAAAGUUACGUCCUUACGUCAAGGACACAAUUUGCUUUUUACACACAGCAUUACGUGAGGGCAAAACUAUAUUGGUUGAAGGUGCUAAUGCUGCAAUGUUGGAUAUUGAUUUUGGCACGUAUCCUUAUGUUACAAGCAGCAACUGCAGUAUAGGUGGUGUAUUAACUGGUCUUGGUUUGCCGCCACAAACAAUUGGUGAAGUUAUUGGUGUUGUUAAAGCUUAUACGACCCGUGUGGGUGAUGGACCCUUUCCCACCGAACAAUUGAAUGAAUUUGGUGAAUUAUUGCAAACUCGUGGAUUUGAGGUUGGCGUAACUACCAAACGAAAGCGCCGUUGUGGUUGGUUAGAUAUUCCCUUAUUAAAAUAUACCUCACUAGUUAAUGGCUAUACCUGCAUCUGCCUUACAAAACUUGAUAUUUUAGAUACUUUAGAAGAAAUAAAAGUUGCUGUUUCUUACAAACGUGCUAACGGUGAAAAAUUGGAUCAUUUCCCCGGCACUAUUGCCGAGUUGGCUAACAUUGAAGUCGACUAUGCUGUAUUACCUGGCUGGAAAACAUGCACAGAAAAUAUUCGUGACUUUAAGGAUUUGCCUGUAAAUGCACAAAAUUAUGUACGCUUCCUAGAAAAAGAACUUAGUGUACCCGUUAGAUGGGUUGGUGUUGGCAAAGGUCGUGAAUCUAUUAUUAAUGUACAUUAGCACUUAUCUACUUAGUUUAAAAAUUUUAUUAUAGCAACAACAACACCACCCCUACCCCUUACUCCUUCCUUUUUUGUUUAUUGUCCUCCAUUGCAAGUUCAAUUUAUAUUUUAUCCGUAUAAUUUUUAAAUAUUUCUUUAUAUUUUUUAACUGGACGCUAUUGUGUUUUCUUUAUUUCCUUUUAAAUGUAAAAGAUUUGUGUAAGCUUAAAUUUAUUUAAUAAUUUUUUAAAAUUUAUAUGAUUAAAAGGCAACAUUUAUUAUAAAUACUUAAAUAUUUGACGAUAAUGCAAUAAUAAAAAUGUUAAAUUACAAAAA